AUGAGUUCUAUGAACAAGGACACGCUGGUGAAGAUCAAAGGAAAUAAUCAUCUCUUUUUUCACAAAGGGAAAACGAAGAUUCAGAAAUUCCAAGGGGAUCCAGCAAAUCUGAGAAAAAAGUUCUUACUGCCCGACCUUAUUUCUUCCAUGAAGACCACCAUAGGUUUCGCUUCGCAAGCCCGACACCCUGUGAGCCCCCCUCACUGCAGCACGGCCCCCAACCCAGGCAUCUCACGGCUGCCGGUCCUCGGCCCGGAAAAGCGCAAGGCACGCCAGCAGGGUCGCGCUGGACCAGGGUCGGCUAGGGUACCGCAGGGCAGGGUGUCCCCAGGGGCGCCCCGCUCGCCCUCCCGGCCUCCCCCGCCCGCCGCCGCCGCUCAGCCAGCCUUGCGCCAGCAAGGGACGGCAGAGGAGGAGGAGGCCGGGAAACUACAGCCCACGGGGGACCCACCUACCCACGAGUUCCUAGGGCUGCACGGCCGGGGGAGGGCGGCCGCCCGCCUCCUUCCCCAUCCGGGGCGCCGGGGUGAGACUGCGGACGAGCACUUCCGGGUCCGCCGCAACCUCCGCGACGAGAGCGCCCUUCCCCGCCAGGGAGCCGCCCAAAGCCCGACGCUCCGACCUUGGGGAAGCCGGACCUCGAGGGAAAGCCCAGGAAUUACUCAUCCACAGAGCUGGGCUUCGGUUCCAAAAUUUGACAAGGUUCCUUGGCCUAGUGAGGCCAGCCUCAGGAACAAGCCAUUAGUGCUCAGCUUUCCCAAAAGAUCUCUACAUUCCUCUGCCAUUUUUCCAACUUCAUCCAAGGAUAUGAAUUUGUCAAUUCUGUUUCACGUUCCAGAUGUCUUCCCUAAGGUCAGGAAGAAUGAGAAUAACUCCAUGCUACUCCCAAACAAGCUGCUCUGUUCCACAUGUCAAGAAAUAAGCAUGAUACAAUCAAGACCUCUGAGAAUCCCAGAUGGCCUCAAACUAUCCUUUAAGAAUUUUGUGAGUCAUAGAACGAUGAGUCUUCCUCAACCCCAAACCCAGACUUUUCCCAAACCUUCCCGUGAUGACAUUCCAACAGAGAGCAAUCACUACAAACUGCCCAUUCUGGGCCCCAGGACAGCUGUCUUCCAUGGACUUCUCUCAGAUGCCUAUAAAACUUUGCAGGAGAUGGAACAAACUUCUUUACUCAGAAAGGAGCCAACAGGCAAGACAGUGAGGACAAGAUGCUUAGAGAGCGAACGACCUCACCACGCCAGUCUCUGACACUGACACGGGUGCCUUCUCCUGAUUUCCUCCAUCUCCAAAAAGAUGGCUCCAUUUUGCUUUCUAAGGUGCGCUGGUGUUCUAAUUCUUGCCACUAUUUUUCAUUCAUUUCUCCUGAGAA